GCCGUCGCUAGUGGCGUAGCCGGGUCUUGUUCGGGAGCCGCGUCAGCCGCCGCGGAGUCGCCUAGCUGCUCGCCGCGCCGGGUGGUGAGCGGGAAGCCGGUCCGUGAGGGGAGGGGAAGGGAGAAAGAGAGAGAGAGAGAGCCAUGGGGGAAGAAGCGUCCCGCCGUCGCCGCCGCUGAGAGAGGCGCCCGGGCCCGCUCUGCUCUGGCUGCUGGAGCCAUGGACAAAGCCGUCGGCGGCCAGAAUGUGAAACUGUCUGCUGAAGUAGAACCAUUCAUUCCUCAGAAGAAGGGUCCGGAUUCACUUAUGAUGUCUAUGGCGUUACCUACUGACAGUGGAGGAGUUAAUGGCGUGGAACCAGCUCCUAUUCCUAGCUACCUGAUUACUUGCUACCCAUUUGUUCAGGAAAACCAGUCCAAUAGGCAACUUCCGCUGUAUAACAAUGAGAUCAGAUGGCAGCAGCCCAACCCAAACCCUGCUGGUCCAUACCUUGCUUAUCCCAUUAUUUCUGCCCAGCCACCUGUGUCUGCUGAAUACACGUAUUACCAGUUGAUGCCAGCACCAUGUGCCCAGGUCAUGGGCUUUUAUCAUCCUUUUCCAACCCCUUACUCAGCACCCUUCCAGACAACAAGUGCCAUAAAUACAGUCACUGCAGAAUGCACGGAUCGCCCAACCCAACCCAACCAGGUCUUUUCAUUAUGUAGCCAGCAGAGUAGAAGCUCCAACAGGGGACCAGCUGUGCAAAAACAACAACCUCCACAGAUACACAUAAAAAGCAAAAGGCCUCCAGUGAAAAGUGUUGCUAUCCAGAAAGAGACCAGUGCGUCGGGCCCUGAGAGCAGACCUAAAAUUGUACUCUUGGUGGAUGCUUGUCAGCAAACAGACUUUCCAUCGGAGAUCGCAAGCAAAUCACUGUCAGAGAGUGUGAGCGCCAUGCACUGGAAACCAAAAAGCAGGCGGCGGCGAACCUCCCACCCUGUGGAAUCCUCUAGUGAGCAAGGGGCUAGCGAAGCAGACAUUGAUAGUGACAGUGGUUAUUGCAGUCCUAAACACAGCAACCAGGCUGCUGGUGUGACCUCAAGGAGCACAGAAUCUGCUGCAUCAAAUAUGAUGGAACCGUCAAUACAUCCAGGAGCCGUCAGUUGGGCAAGUGUCAGUUCCCAAGCAACUCAGAAAAAGCCUUGGAUAGAGAGAACCCCAGUUUUCUCAAGAGGUCGACGGCAACCUGAGCAGUGUACUAAUUCACAGCCUGCCUUUAGAUGUAGGGGACAUAGCACAUCGUCAGAGAGAAGACAGAACUUGCAGAAGAAACACGAGAAGCCUAUAACUAUAAACCAGUCAAACAGAACAGAGCCAAGUCCUGAGCCCCUCUAUUUUGAGGAUGAAGACGAAUUUCCAGAGUUAAACAGUGAAAAUGGAAAUUCCAAGGGUGGUAAUAUGCAGCUGAAACAUGCCCCUAAAGUGUUGGAUGGUUUACCCGAAAAUUCUCCAAUCAAUAUUGUACAGACUCCAAUUCCAAUCACCACAUCUGUUCCUAAACGGGCAAAAAGUCAAAAGAAGAAAGCCCUAGCAGCAGCACUGGCUACAGCUCAAGAGUAUUCAGAAAUUAGCAUGGAGCAGAGAAAACUCCAGGAAGCAGUUUCAAAAGCAGCUGGAAAGAAGAGCAAAACACCUGUGCAGUUGGACUUGGGGGAUAUGCUAGCCGCUCUUGAAAAACAGCAGCAAGCUAUGAAAGCUCGCCAGAUCACAAAUACCAGGCCCCUUUCUUACACAGUUGGCAGUGCUGCACCUUUUCAUGCCAAAGAACCUGCCAGCCGAAAAUCCUUAACUAAAGGACAGCCGUCAGUGGGUUGUCUCAAUCCUUUGGACUCCACUGCCCCAAAAGUGAAACGAGGAAAAGAAAGGGAGCUCUCAAAGCUGAAGCGUCCAACAGCACUUAAGAAGAUUAUCUUGAAAGAAAGAGAAGAAAAAAAGGGACGCUUAUCUGUAGAUCAUACCCUUCUGGGAGCUAAUGAAGAACAAGAGGUGAAUCUGACUCCAAAUCAGUCAGAAGAUGUAGCAUCUCAAGAAGAAACCGGCUUGAGUGUGCCGAGUGACACCUCACUCUCUCCGGCAAGCCAAAAUUCUCCUUACUGCAUGACUCCGGUAUCCCAAGGCUCACCUGCCAGUUCAGGAAUAGGUAGCCCAAUGGCUUCUUCAACCAUCACGAAGAUUCAUAGCAAGAGAUUCCGAGAGUACUGUAAUCAAGUUCUAAGCAAAGAAAUAGAUGAGUGUGUGACCCUCCUGUUACAAGAGCUUGUCAGCUUCCAAGAACGAAUUUACCAAAAGGACCCCAUGAGAGCAAAAGCAAAGAGGAGGCUUGUGAUGGGUUUACGCGAGGUUACCAAACACAUGAAGUUAAACAAGAUCAAGUGUGUAAUCAUUUCUCCAAACUGUGAGAAAAUCCAGUCAAAAGGCAUGUACCAAGGUGGACUGGACGAAGCUCUGUACAACGUAAUAGCCAUGGCACGGGAACAAGAAAUCCCCUUUGUCUUUGCCCUGGGUCGUAAAGCUCUUGGUCGUUGUGUGAACAAGCUAGUUCCUGUUAGUGUGGUCGGGAUCUUCAAUUAUUCAGGUGCUGAGAACCUCUUCAACAAAUUGGUGUCACUGACAGAGGAGGCUAGGAAAGCCUAUCGGGACAUGGUUGCAGCAAUGGAGCAGGAGCAGGAAGAGGCCUUGAAGAACAUUAAGAAGGUGCCCCACCACAUGGGGCAUUCUCGGAAUCCUUCUGCAGCAAGUGCAAUUUCAUUCUGCAGUGUUAUUUCAGAGCCCAUUUCAGAAGUGAAUGAGAAAGAGUACGAAACAAAUUGGAGGAACAUGGUGGAAACAUCGGAUGGAUUGGAAACUUCUGAAAACGAAAGAGAGGCCUCUUGUAAGGUUGCUGCUCCAGAAAAGCCCGACAGCAGUAAGGCUGUUGCUAAUAAGCAGCUGUCUCUAGCAUCUGUUGGGGUUGUUGCAGUCACAAUUCAUGGGAAAGCACUCGGUGGCAAGGAAGAACCCAAACCAGAUGACAACCUGGAAUGGGCCUCGCAGCAAAGCACAGAUACAGGAUCUUUGGAUGGCAGUUGCAGGGAUAUUUUGAACUCCUCCAUGACCAGUACAACCAGUACCCUUGUCCCAGGAAUGCUUGAAGAAGAGGAGGAUGAGGAUGAGGAAGAGGACGAUGACUACACCCACGAACCUAUAUCUGAAGAAGUUCAACUCAACAGCAGAAUUGAAUCUUGGGUCUCAGAGACUCAGCGGACUAUGGAAACGCUUCAGCUUGGGAAGAGCCUUAGCAGUGCAGAGGAUGAGAAUGUUGAGCAAAGUGGUGAGGAGGAAGAAGCCGAAACUCCCGAGCAAGUGGAUUCGGUCGUCGACAGCGAGGAAUGGACAAUGGAUAAGCAUGCAAGUAAAGCCCAGCAGAAGCCUUCAGUCUGCAGUUCCCUGGAGACGAAGCUUACGGACUCAAACUAUAUACCAUAAACUCGAGCACAAACUCAGGAAACAUUAAUAUUUUAAAAACUAACUGUUGUAAGGAUUUCAGCCAUUGCUUUGUGUGCUUCAUCUCAGCAUUUUGCACUGUGUAACGUUUAAUAUGCAUAUUUAAUUCACAACAUAAAUAUUUUUUGUAGCUGUCUUUAUUACUUUUUCCAUUAAGAGCUAGCGUGUAUGUGCAUGUGUGUAAUGACUAUUUAUAUCUUCCUCAGAACAGAUUAUGUGUGUUGAAACUGUCAGUAGGCAUCUUUUUGUAUGAGAAAACUAUUUGCAAAUGACCAUUUUUAUGCAAAAUUAUUCUCAAACUAUAACUUAAAAGUUCUUACACUUUCUAGCCUGGCAGUAGUGACCAAUAUUUGCUUUGUCAUUCUAUUAUCUUGAAAUUAUUUGACCACAUCUACGUGUACCAGAAUUUGGGCCAGAAUUAAUCUUUCCAGGGGCUUUUAUCCUUGCUGAUAAGAGUUAGAAAGAUGCAUAUUAGUUAGUAACUUAACUUCAAACCUCUUCUUACUGGCCUCAGGAUAUUCGUCUCAGAAAUAUACUCUUGAAAUGCUGGUUAUAACCAUCUAAAACAAUUUGGCAAGGCACCUUCGGAAAGAGAAAUCUUAUUUCCAUUUUGAUUCACUAUCAUUGUCACUGUGCCUAUAGGACUGUCACAAGGGGACCCAUUAAUCACAGCUACUUUUCCUUGUUGGGUUUUGUUAACUUUACUGUUUGCGGUUUUCACUUAUCUCAGGAAUGCUAAUAUAAAUUUAUAAAUGCUAUGUAAAUGCAGACACUGAAUUGGAUAUUGAUCAUUCAGCAGAAAGCAAGGUGGGCCAUUGAGGCUCGAUUUAUUCGGGUAAAAGAGGGGAAAUUUGUGCAUGCGAUGCUCUUGAUCACCUCUUAUGUUUUUAGCUUGGGAUCAGUCAUAAAAGUUGGGGUCAGUCAUAAAAGUUGGUUCUUGUUGAUGAGGUGAGCUCUUCUGUAACAGCAGGAGUUCAUAAUAGAGAGCAGGCAGAAUUUAUUUGGUUUGGUGGGAAAUCAGUUGGUUUGGUGGGAGAAAGUCAGGCUGCUUUGCUGUUAACAUAAAAAAAACAAAAGGCUUGUCUAACUUCUGCAUGCUCUGCAUCAAACUUUUGCCCAUUGCAGAACAUCGAAUUGUACCCAGAUAAGCUGCAUGGAAAAAAGAAAUCCAUUAAUGGUAAAUGUAGAAGGGUUGUAUACUCAUUGGUAGUGCAAAAAGAUAUGCUUUAUGAAAACAUGGACUUCCAGCGAUUAUUGAAGUAUUUCACAGUUAGGUUGUUCACUUAAUUAUUGGGACCAAUAGUUUCAGCAUUUUCAUAACUAGCUUAUUAUAUUGUACGGACAAAAAUCUGAUACAGUGUCUUAAAAUCUCAUAUUGUCCAUCAUGGAAUGUAGCAGAAUAAGCCAGUUUGAGUAUUUGUGCAAGAAGCUCUUUGGAAUAUAUGGCUCAGCACAUGUUAGACAGAAAAAGUCUUGGAGUUUGGCUGUCACAGGAUGUGAGUAGCCCCCUCCCCCCGGCCCCUCUAAGUGCUAGCAACUCAUAUUAGGUACCUUUUUAAAAAGGUUCGUCUCUUUUUCAGAACCUGCUUCAUCCUAUGGUAAUAUACAUAAAAGUAAAGUACAUUAAGUAUUUCCACUUUUUCAGCUGUUGGUUUCAAAUUCAGUCAAGGCAUUCUUCCCAGUUCGCUACCAGAUGCAAAAUUGCCUGUCCAAAAAUUGCAACAAAUCUCAGUGCAAACAAGACAUAAGUGUAAGGAAGCCACCCUUUAAAAAUAAAAUAAAAAAAAUGUUCAUCCUGAAAAGUGGCAGCUGAGCCUCCAGUGGAAAUGGAAUAUCUCUGUGUUUGUAUGCUUGUGAGGUUAUGUUAGCUUGUAUUUAAUAAGGUUUUUUCUGGUGGUAGUAUAAUGAGGUGUAUGUGAUUCUGUCAUCUUCUGUAAUGAACACCCACAUUCUGUUCCUUUUGAUGAGUUACCUUAUCUUUCAGUGCCACAAUAGUUCCUGUUUGUUUGGGUUUUUUAAGUAGCACAAUUUCUAUACCGGCAUAAAAAGUAGAUUCUAACGCACGGUCAAAUGGUGUUUCUGCUUUCGUAAGUAGGUUCAAAUUUAGGACAUGUUCAGCAAAUAUCUGUGCUCUUUUAAAAACUUGUUUAGCAAAUUUUACCAGAAUUUGUGGAAGGAGAUGAGGGUUGCAGGGUGGGGAAAGUGCACAAUGGGAUAGACCUUCCUUUGUUUGAAGUGACUAUGUGAUGAAGUAUUAAACACUCCAGUAUUUGGAUGAAAAUUAGCUUACCCUGGAAAAUGGAAUGCCUGGUGAGCUAUUGCACUUGAGCCUUUGGCAGGCCAAACAAGAUUUUGGGGUUUGUAGGCUGCUAAUGCAAUGCUUAAUUCUUUCAAGUUUAUGGUAGCCAGUAAACCCGAUUUAACUUAUUCCCUCUCUUCUCUGGAUUAAAUUUCAAACUGUAUUUGCAGACUAGAAGCUUGAUCAGUGACUGGUGUGGUGUGGCGUUCUGCUAUUUUUAACAUGGAAGAAAAGGUCCUUUUGAUUAAUGCACUUGUGUGAAUUUUGAACUCAGUACAACACAGGGAGAGAUACCUUGGAAUGUUAAUUGGGUGGGUGGAUGUACACAGUAUAGUUGAGUCCAGUUCUUCAACUGGAAGUUAUUAAAUUUUAAUAGCAUGGAGCAAAAAGUAUUGUUUGAAAAGCUGCUAUUUGCUGAAAUUGUCAUAAUAUUUUGUGUGUGUGAUGUGCCAACUAAUCAAGUUAUUCAGUCAAGUUACCAGAUUUUAAUCACUAAUUCAAUAGGAAGACUUUUUUAAAAAGUUGCAAAGCCAUAAAUGGAAAUUGUACAGCUUUAUAUACCCAGACCUGCCCAGCAGAAACAGUAAGAAAAUGUCUAAACUUAAAACAAUUAACACUUUUAAAAAAUCAACUUAAUGGCACAGCCCAAUUAAUGUUAAUAUAUGGUUAAUGUAUUUUUAAAAGACUAUAAUAAAGUAAUGUCUGUUAAUCUUUGAUACCUUUACAUUUGUAGUAACAGAACGUGGGUUUAAAAUAGAAAAUCAUUAUGAAAUUACUUCAUGAACAGGUUCUGUCUGUUUUUUUUCUUUUACGAAGGAUAAUUGUUCUGUCUACCAUACCUUUUUGAGUAAUAACAGCUUUUUGCACUAUGUAAAUACUAGUGGGGGUUCUUCCAUGAUGAAUAAAAAUGAUUAUAAAAA